AUGAGGAUUAAAUUACAUAUCGCUAUUGUCACCUCAAAAGUUUCAGCUGCGCUGGGGGAAUGUGAGACCUCGACCACCGGACUUGCGGCAGAUCCGCUUCCAUUCGUACGGAUGUUUGAAACCGAGCUUUCCAUGAUACAAGACAAAUAUGCGUCCGAAUGGUCACCGGCAGACGAAGUGUCAUUCCUUGAUGCUCGGCUCAGCCUAUACUCUUACGUUCUCGACCAAGAAAAAGCUGAGCCCCUGAAAGAUAUUCAUUCGGAGAAUGAAAUAAUCACCCGGAGCAGCAUCACGGCGAGGCAGCUUCUAGCAGUGCUGGCAACGUUCCCUGACGCACUGAGAAAGGGGACAUUCCACGUAUUUCGCGCCGCAAGCUACGCAAUCUUCUUCCUCUUGCGCAUACUCGGAACAGCACCCAGUCAAUUCAUCGAUGAAACGGGUAUCAGAAACAUUAUACGACAGACUUUUACCCUCAUGAGGGACAUAUCUCAAACGGCCAAUGACCGACGAAAUCAAUGCAUGCGAGUCUGCAGAAUUAUCGAGAACAUGAUUGACUACGAAGACUGGAACAAAGACACGCCGUUCGUGGGCAAAGCACGGUCCUUUAUGGCUAAUAACUUUGUCGCAGAUGUUGCGGCCAGGGGCAUGAUCAAGGCAAAUCUACGGCAUGCGGCUGCACAAGCCGAACGUGAAGUAGCGACGACAGUCCUUCCGCCGGAGGUGGAGCCACAUUUUGAUCUCGACUUCUCGAUAUGGAAUUCAAUGGAAUUUAAUGUGAAUUGGCAGGAUAGUGAUGACCUACUCUUUCUCAGCGAGAACUUGAGUGGACCCUCGUGA